GUGCGCGUGUCAGACUCCGUCGCGGCAAGCCGGUGCGCACAGUCCGGUCCGGUGUAUGUUUUAUUCGCGUGUCAUCUUCGUGCGCGCGCGCGUGUGUGUGUGUGUCUGUGAGUACGCGUGAUUUUUUACGUGCGACGUUUGUGUGUGUGCUGUGUUCGUGCUCGCGUGUGCGUUUCGUGGGUACAAGUGGUUCGUUUUACAUUUUUUUGAUAUUUUCCAUUAUUUUUUUCUCACCCCUUCCCGCGAAUCGGCUAGAACGGAUUUUUUCUCGACAGCAAAAUGCCUUGCCCCGGUCCGUGGAGGCACUCUACCGCGGUCCCGGUCCAGCGGACGACCAUUUGACCAGUUCCGCUUUCGGUAACCGAUCGCAACGGUUAUACUGCAACAAUAGCUACACGUCCGCGGUAUCGUUUGUUACCGCGGUACACGAUAUCGCCGUGCUGUAACGUCGUCGGCGUUCUCGUCUCCCUGCCGGACAUCACGGUCCGCGUUCGCAUCCGCAACCGUCAUCGACACGAUGUGCGCCAAACCUUCGACCGCCGGACGGACACUCGUCGGCUGCGCUCUGUUACUUUUGGCCCCAGAAAUGGUGUCAGGCUCCAUUGACCACAAAGUACCAGAUGAAACGAUUUCGCCUCUGAUUGAAGCCACGUCUAUAAGAGGUCCUUAUUUUGACAAAACGGCAUCAAAAAAUGUCACGGCACUAGUAGGUCAUACAGCUUAUUUGAACUGCAGAGUGAGAAAUCUUGGAAAUCGAACGGUUUCAUGGGUACGACAUCGUGGCAUACACUUAUUAACUGUAGGUCGGUACACUUACACCAGUGAUCAAAGGUUUCAAGCAAUACAUUCACCACAGACAGAAGAUUGGACAUUACAAAUACGAUACCCUCAAAUUAGAGACAGUGGAUUUUACGAAUGUCAAGUUGGCACAACACCUCCAAUUGGACAUGCAAUGGUCUUAACUGUCGUGGAACCCAUAACAACAAUCAUUGGAGGUCCAGACAUGUUCAUCAAUAAGGGCAGUACUAUGAACUUAACUUGCAUCAUAAAACACAGUCCUGAACCACCACCACUGAUUUACUGGACACAUGACUCCAAAGAGAUAAACUAUGACUCAGCCAGAGGAGGAGUGAGUGUGAUCACGGAAAAAGGCGAAGUAACCACUAGUUAUCUGCUUGUACAAAGAGCGACCAGCACAGAUUCAGGAAAAUACACGUGUCACCCAAGCAACGCAAAUCCCCACACAGUCGUUGUACAUGUUCUCAAUGGAGAACAUCCUGCAGCAAUGCAAAAAGGAUCUAAGCUCAGUUUGAAAACUUCACUAUCAUUUAUUAGCGUUUGCUUGGUGCUGUUCGUUAGCACGUGAUUUCAACUGUUAUAUUAAAAUAUAAUUAACUGUAAAAUACUACAAUUUGAAAACAUUUAAAACUUAAUAAGUUUUUUUAAGUAAUUUUUAUUGCUAUAUUAUGUUCUAUUCAUACGUGAAUAUUUCUAUAUUUUUUUUCAGCCAUACAAAAACCAGGAACUUUGUUACUUUACCGGACACCUUUUUUUUUCGAAAACCUAUCUAUGUCGACAUUUUAAAAAUGGUGGUGAAAAAAAUUGUCGGAAAGCAUUACUUUUUAAUUUAUUCAAUUUUGAUAAUUACGAAUUUUCAAUGAUAUUGUAUAGAUACGCUUAAAUAGAUAAUAUUUUAACUUUAAUGAAACUAUCUAUCUAAAAUUAAAUUCCUAGUAGUGAAAUGGUUAAUGACUAUUAACCAGAAGCAGAAGAGCCCUGGUUCUGAUCUCUUAUCAUAACGAAAGUUGUUAGCAUUAUUUUUUUCGAAAAAUCGGAACUUUCAUUUUAAACAUUUUAGGACUUUACUCGUUACAUCUGCCGGCCCCACUCAUAAACUCUAGUGCCACUGCGUGGCAUUUUUCGGUGGAAAGGAGCUUUGCCCCAUUGGGAAUUAUAGUCUAAGACUAACCUAGUAAUUGUAAAAACCUUAAUACUGAUGCAGAUGAGAUUAUGCUUUGUAUGUGAAUCUAAAAGCUCGCUGCGUGAGUAAAUCACAUAUCUGGAUAAAAUCAUAAAUUAAAUAUGGUAAAACAGAUAAGAAUUAGUAUUAUAAUAUUACGUACUUAUCACUACAUUAUGGCUAAUUUCAAACAACUGUAAUUUUGGAACUAAGUCCAACCGCCAAAUUCUGAUUUCACCAUCGUUUUCAGCACAUGAAUUUCAAAAAUAAUAAUAAAAAAAAAAGGUGUCCGGUAAAGUAACAAUUUACCAAAAACUGUGUACUCUAUGCCUUGUUUGUAUUGCAAAAAUAUUGAUAUUUAAAAUAAAUGUCCACCAAAUUAUAUUAUAGGCAUAAUAAAUAGAAACCGAUAUUGUUUU